AUGCUCAGCCGCAACGUUGUUGCUGUCCGUGGAGCCCACAAAGCGGCAUCCUCAGCCACUGCUUCAAAACCAGUUGAAAAAGUGACGAAACUUGGAAAUGGAUUGACAGUCGGCACAAUCGACUCGAAAAAGCCACUCACACAGUUGGUUCUUGCCUUCAGAGCUGGAAGCAGGUAUGAGCAAGCUAACCAAGCAGGACUCUCUCACACAAUCAGAAACUUUGUUGGAAGAGACUCAAAAAAUCAUUUUGGAACCGCGAUUGUGUGGUCGGCCGCUAACUACGGAGGAGUUGUGAAAUCAUUCACCUCCCGCGACUUGUUCGGAGUCUCCCUCACAGUUCCACGUGACUCCACCUCUUAUGCCCUCCAUGUCCUCGCUCAAGCUGCCGCUAACCCAGGAUUCAAGCCAUGGGAAGUCGCCGACGUCCUUCCAACUAUGCGUGCUGAUAACGGAUUCAGAACCGCUUAUGACUAUGUGGUCGACCUGAUUCACAAAGCAGCCUAUAGAAAUGGAGGACUUGGAAACUCAAUCUAUGCACCAUGCUCCACAAUUGGAUCCGUCAGUGCCCAAACUUUGUCUGAGUUUGCUGAGAAGCACUUUGUCACUGGAAACGCCGUCUUGUUCGCCACAAACGCUGCGCAUGAGGAUUUGGUUCUUUUCGGAGACAACUACUCCCCAAUCAGAAAUGGAAGUGCUGUUUCCCCAUCUUCCAGUGCUUACAAAGUAUGUUUUAUGAAAAAAAUAUAUUUAUUCAGUGGAGUCGGAUAA